UGAACCACCGACUUCUUCACUCCUCAUCUUCACUUCACUUCACUGAAACCCUAUCUUCUGGUGUAUCACAUUUGGGGUUUUUGUUUUCUGUUUGUUUGAAUCAAAACCUGUUUUGAUUGAGUGAAAUUAGAUUCUGAAGAUGUAAUGUAGGGUUUCUGAAGUGAAGUUUUUGUUCAUGGUUUGGGACAAAAUGGGUGAAAUGUGGUUCAAAUUAAGGGCAAUGAGGGUUCCGAGAGGGGUCUGGUUAAAGAUGCAAAAAUCAAUGGGAGUCCUCGUGGGUGGGAAUCACACUGCCUCCAGGCGUGUGCUUUUGCGCGCCGUUCUGUUGUGCACGGCUAUGUCAGUCGUUCCUUUGCUGCAAAUCUUGUCUGGGUCCGAUCCCGUUAUGUUCGAUGUGGUGAGCUUUAAUGAUUGUUCUUUCAUUUCUGACUAUUCAAACCCGCAUGUGUUUUUGGGUCGGUUUAUAUAUCCCAUCCUGGGUUCCCUUGGGUCAGUGCAGUGCAAGGAAAAUGCAAAUCUGACUGCCAUUGUGGCUAGAGAGUUGCUGGGUAUGCAGAUGUUGAAUGUUGAUGCAAAAACUCUCUGUGUUGGUGAAGGUUCGUCCUUGUCAGUGUAUGCAUUGCGAGAAAUGGGGUUUAACGAUGCUCAUGGGGUUUACAGGCACCCCUUUUUUUCGCUUAAGCAUAAAAAGCUUGUGUAUGAGCUUGAUUAUGAGGACAGUUCCUUUGAUUUUGUUUACUCCAGGGAUCUAGAUAAGGUUUCUGUCCCUGCACUUUUGGUGCUCGAGAUUGAGCGUGUUCUUAGGCCAGGUGGAACUGGAGCUAUGCUUGUGGGUGUUAGUAGUUCUAGCCCAAAUGGUUUAAUUAGAUCUGCAACACCAAUUUCCUCAAUUUUGAAAACUUCCACUAUUGUCCAUGUUGGUUACUUGAAUCAGUUUACUCUGGUUGUUUUCAAGAAGGAAAUUGAAAAUUGCUCUUACUUUGAGCAGUAUCGCCUUCCAUCUGAUUGCCCAUCGCAUAUGAACAACAAACCAUUUAUGGAGUUAAUUGAGCCUCUUGUGGAGGAAAAACCAACGGGGUUUGACAAAAGGAUUGUUUAUUUGCCCAAGUUUAUGGAUGUUGCCUCUAGGAGGCGGUUAGUGUAUAUUGAUAUUGGGGCAGGGGAGCACCUGAACUCCCGAGUUACAAAUUGGUUCUUGCCAUCGUAUCCUGUGGAUCGCAAGGCUUUCAAUGUUUAUUUUGUUGACCAUAACACCUCCGUUCUUCUGUCCUAUGUCAAGAGGCCUGGUGUCACCUUUGUUUAUCAUCCAGGCCUGGCUGGAAGUAAGGCUAGUGCCAAUACUGGAAGUAAGACUGCUGCCAAUACUAAUGUCUUGGAAGAUGUAGACCCAUCUGUGGCUGAUGAAGGGUUUGAUUUUCUCCUCUGGUUUCAAGAAACAGUGCGAUAUGCUGACUUUGUGGUCCUGAAGAUUAAUGCAGGGGAGGUAGAACUGAAAUUUCUUUCGGAGUUGUUCAAAACUGGAACCAUAUGCUUUGUUGACGAGAUCUUUCUUCGCUGCUCUGGUCAUGUAGAUGGCAAAGGUGCAGCAAAUGCAGACUGCAUGGAUAUCUUCAGGGGUCUAAGACGCAGUGGUGUGUAUGUGCAUCAGUGGUGGGAGGACUAAAACACUUUGAUGCAUUUUAGUCACUUAUGUUUUAUGUUAUUUGGUUAAAACUGUUUGUUGUUAUUGCUACUUUGUGUUGUCCUUAUGUCCUCAUUGAGGCGGUAUGUUGCUUGUGGUUGGGCACUUAUACUAAAUAAGCAACCAUCUGUUUCCAUGUUGAAUAAAAUAUGUUGUGUGCUUAAUUA